CCCCCGAUAAAUCCCUAUUUCUGAGAAAGUUGAGAAGGCUUGGGCUUCUGCUAACACAUUACUAGAACAAACAAACAUCCAUCUACGCACGAUGCCACCAUCCGCUGUCGAAUUUGAUGACUCGCCGUCCUGGAUUAGCGAUCCAGAAUUCCAUCAGCCGCGCUACCCCGGCGAUCCUCGAUGUCGUCGCAGUGUCAUGGCCGAACUCAAAGUGAUUCUAUCACUACGACAUGGCCACAGACCUUUCCGAUGGGGAUUCGCUAUUGUACGCACCGCGUAUGGCCCCGGGUCUGAUGAGCAGUUCCAGAAAGUCAUCAACAUUCUCCAUCGCGUAGUCCAAGUUCGAACUGCCAACGAGGCAAAGGGCGUCAAAGCCGACAUUGUUUGGGACAAAGAGGCAAGUGCGAUUCUUGAUCACAUCUCCGACGAAGUCGACAUGCGUCCAAACGAAGAAUUCUUGCGCCGCUUCGAGAACGACAUCCUCGCCGACAAGGAGGUACUGGAGGACGCCUCAUUACCCGCAGUUCGCACCUAUUUCAAAAACUGGAUUGCUAGCAAAAACGGAACUGACUUGUACGGCGAUAUGAGAUUUGCUGCGUGCAUUAUGAUCGACACCGAGACGCUGCAUCAAUUUACGACGACGUCUGAAGGAUUCCCACGGGAGAAUAACGAAGGAUACCGAUCGUCGUACUGGCUCAAGUUGGUGGACACGGAGACACAUUUAUAUGAGCCAGUUCGUGUCCGAGUGUAUGGGGCAGAUGACUUUAAGAAGUACUGGUUUGAUCGCAAUCUGCGCCGUCUGCCUAUGUCGGACUUGACUCACAAGGACAAUGAUAAUGAUCCAGGAGUACUUUACUUCGGUAAUGCGCCACCAUGGACGAUGUCCAAGAUCAGUAUUUACGGUUGGUAA